AACCGGCGCGUAUUGAAACAUCGCACUCUCGUUUUGAUGACUCUUCCCAAAAGCUCCGAUAAUGCUGCUCCAACUUAUACAAGGUCUUCAAGGUCUCAAUGCUUCUACGAUUCUCUAUGGCUCCAUAGCUCUCGUGCUGUUGCUAAGCCUGGUCUUCGCGGCUAUCGUCCAAAAUGGAAACACCUCUAAAACACGCCGGUCACUUCGACACCUGCGAAAGAUCGGCCUAUCAACCAGCAACAGCAACAUGACAGAUCAAUAUGACUCCAAAUACGCCAUACCAGAAGACAUCGCAACUAAUGGCGCAAUCCGCAUCAAGUCAAUCUACAUCUACCCGGUAAAAUCAUGCGGGCCCAUCGAGCUGAAUCGUGCCUUACUUACCAAGACCGGAUUCAUGUACGAUAGAUGUUUCGCGAUUGCAGCAGAAACAGAUGGCAAAUGGCGGUUUAUCAGCCAGCGGACGAAGCCGGGAAUGGCGCGGAUUGAGACGGAAUUGUGGCUUCCGCAUGGGGGGAGUGAUUCGUCUGAUCUGCUGGUGAAGGCGGGUGGGUGUGUAGUUUUGAGGUUUCGGGAUCCGGAUGUUCCUGAUUGGACUGGGAGGUUGGAGAUGUUCUUGCGUACGGGGAAUUUCUUUGCGACACCUGAGGUAGCUGUUGUUGUGCCUCUUCAGCCUGUGGAUGAGUUGAAACACAAGACAUUCAAUAUCCAUCGUCGUGACACGAACGGGCUUGAUAUGGGACGGAAUCCGUCUAUCGCAGUAGCGCUGCCUAAGCUGAAGAAGUUCCUGGCAAUCCCGGAGAAACAACCAUUCACACUCUUGAGAUGUACACCCGAAUCUCUCCUCCGUACGGAUCUGAAUCUCGCGCCGCUUGAAUACAUCGGUUCCCCCGCCAUGCAUGGGUACACGGACCAGCAACCAGUCAAUAUCAACAGCUUAUCAUCGGUACACGCUGUAUCCACCCUUCUGCCAAAGGAAAACCAACCUAUGAAUGCACUUCGCUUUCGCGCAAAUCUCUGGGUCACAGGUGCUCCCGCUUACGCAGAAGAGACAUGGAAACGCUACCGCAUCUUACCCAAAUCCGGCAACACAGAACCACGGGCUAAUGUAGCACCGGCAUUAUCCGUAGUCUGCCGCACGUCUCGAUGCACAAUACCUAAUGUCAACCCAGAUACGGGUAAAUUCGACGCAGACAUCCCGCCUCCAGAAAAGAAAAAGGGUAAGCCACAACCAAGCACGACUUUAGUGGAGUAUCGGACCGUCGAAACGGGAAAUAAGGCAGCGCUGGGGUAUCUGGGUAUGCAUUGCGUGCCAGAAGAUAGGGACUUUAGGGAAGCUGAGGAGCAGGGAGAUGGGUUAUAUGUUGAAGUUGGUGAUGAGGUUGAGGUGCUUGAGACGGGGGUGCAUGUUUAUGGGUCGACGGGGAAUGAUUACUAGAGUUGCGUUACGAUACAUUAGAUUAGGACUGCAUGUACAUUCUAGUUUGUACAUAUGCAUGGGUAUCUGAUAUCUUCUAAGAACUCGCGAUAACAUCUCGAUCUUUGAGGUGAUUAUUUGCCAAAUUGGGAUUCGGAGUCCAUAUACCCACUUUAACCCCUCUAUCCGCUCUAUG